CCGUUCCAAUUAUGGCGUCUACUGUUGACAUCGACUUCCCUGUGGAUGGGAUUUUGCCAAAGAAGGAGACUGGCGCAGCCUCUUUUCUUAUAAAGUAUCCUGAUUUUGAUGGGCGGAAUGUUCUUAUUGCCAUUCUUGAUACAGGUGUUGACCCAGGUGCCCCAGGAUUGCAGGUAACAUCCACUGGUGAGGCUAAGAUUAUCGAUCUCAUAGACGCCUCUGGUUCAGGUGAUGUGGACACUUCCACAGUGGCCGAGGUAAAAGAUGGAAAGGUCACUGGCUUGACUGGAAGGACUUUAGUGAUUCCCGAGGACUGGAACAUAGCAGGGGGUAAAGUACACCUCGGCUUCAAGGUCGGCUAUGAGCUCUACCCUCGCCUCCUCCGUGAUCGGAUCGUCAAGGAACACAGAGAGGCCACCUGGGAUGCCAGUAGUCGACUGGCCAUGGCGCAGGCCUCCAAGGCCUUGGAAGAUUUUGAUGCUGCGCACGCUAAUCCUAGUCAGGAACAGAAGCUGGAGCGGGAGAAUCUUCAGGCGGUGUUGGACGUAAUGACUGACCUGGAUAAGAAGUACAAUGACUGUGGCCCCGUGUAUGACUGCGUUGUGUUCAACAAUGGAGAAACAUGGCGUGCCUGCCUUGACACCAGUGAGACGGGUGACCUGUCAGCCUGUGCAGUGCUGGCAAGCUACAGAGAGGAGAGGCAGUACAGGACCCUUUCCAAGCAGGAUAUGCUCAACUACAGUGUCAAUAUAUAUGAUGAGGGCAACACUCUUGAAAUUGUUACCAACGCAGGGGCCCAUGGUACCCAUGUUGCCUGUAUAGCCGCGGGUAACUUCCCAGACAGCCCAGAGAGGAAUGGAGUGGCUCCAGGAGCCCAGAUUAUUGGCAUCAAGAUAGGAGACACACGUCUGGGCUCCAUGGAAACGGGCACUGCCCUUGUCAGAGCGAUGAUUAAAGUGAAGGAGUAUGGCUGUGACCUGGUCAACUACAGCUAUGGGGAGGCGUCCCACUGGUCCAACUCCGGACGGGUGACAGACAUACUGAGUGAGGUGGUAAACAAGCACAAUGUGAUAUUUGUCUCAAGUGCGGGCAACAACGGCCCCGCCCUCUCCACAAUGGGUACCCCUGGGGGCACAGUGUCAGCCCUGAUAGGGGUGGGGGCCCAUGUGACUCCCGCCAUGAUGGCCGCCGAGUAUUCCCUAAGGGAGAAGCUCCCUGCCAUGCACUACACCUGGUCAUCCAGGGGACCUUGUCAUGAUGGAGCCCUGGGUGUUGAUAUCAGUGCCCCGGGUGGGGCCAUCGCCUCUGUACCCAACUGGACCCUCAAGUGUUCUCAGCUGAUGAAUGGAACCAGCAUGAGCUCACCUAAUGCAUGUGGAUGUAUAGCCCUAGUAUUGUCUGGCCUGAAGGCAGGUGGUAUCUCUUAUAACCCAUACAGUGUGAAGAGGGCCCUACAGAACACUGCCAAGCCAGUGGACGGGGUGGAGGUGUUCGCUAUGGGACACGGACUCGUGCAGGUGGAGAAGGCCUAUGAGUACCUCUGUCAGUACGAGAGGGCGAUGGAGAGCAAGGUCCAGUUCACCAUCAGCUGUUCAGGCUUUGGGCAAGGCAUCUACAUCAGGGAGCCCGUGGACCUUGAUAAGCCCUCUGUGGUGGCCGUGUCUGUGGAGCCUGUGCACUACGAGGGGAUCACAGACAACGACGAGAAGAUCUCAUUCAGCAUGCAGCUGAGUCUCACGUGUGAUGCCGGGUACGUGGAGUGCCCUCCCCACCUGGAGAUGAUGAGUGUACAGCGCUCUGUCUCCAUCAGGGUUGACCCCCGAGGUCUUGCUGAGGGUGUCUACUUUACUGAGGUCUGUGCCUUUGAUGUGAAGUGUGUGGAAAAGGGACCAGUGUUUCGCAUUCCCAUAACAGUGGUUGUACCAGCAUCAAGGUCGGCAGCCAAAGACGGUGAAGUACGUUAUGAGAACAUGAGUUUUCGUCCAGGCCAGAUACGAAGGCACUUCAUACAUGUACCUGAAGGGUCAAGCGUGGCAGUGCUGCGUGUGCAGUCAUGUGACAAGGAGAAGAGUUGUCGAAUGCUACUUCAUGCGGUCCAGGUGAUGCCCCAGUACCAGUACAAGAAAUACGAGUUUGAGAAGUUUGUGAACCUCGCCGACCAAGGGGAAACCACCCAAUCAUUCAAUGUCGUGGACAACAGAACUCUAGAGUUGUGUGUAGCCAAGUGGUGGGCAAACAUUGGGGAGGUCACUCUCAACUAUACUGUAACAUUUCAUGGCGUCCACCCUACCUCAAAUCCUGUGAUUGUACAUGGUGCAGAUGGCGUGUGCCGGUUUGAUGUUCGCUCCCACCUGAGGUCAGAGGACAUCAACCCCACAGUGACCUUGAAGACCCUCACCCAGCCCCUACGCCCCAGCGACUCCAAGAUCCGGUGUCUGUCUGGAGCCAGGGACCUGCUACCUGAGGGCAGGCAGAUUUAUGCUCUGGAGUUGACAUACAAGUUCUCUGUGUGCAAGAAUGCAGAGAUAAACCCUGACCUGUCAUUGCUAAGCGACCUGCUGUACGAGUCGGAGUAUGAGAGCCAACUAUGGAUGCUUUUUGACUCAAACAAGCAACUUCUUGGAACAGGGGAUGCUUACCCACAUCAGGUCAACAAACAAUACAACGUGAAGCUAGAGAAAGGCGACUACACCAUAUUGGUGCAGAUUCGUCAUGACAAGAAGGCCUCCCUGGAGAAACUCAAGUCUGUGAUACUGCUGCUGCACUAUAAGCUGGCCAGUCCCUACACCCUGGACCUGUACGGGACCUGGCAGGCUGCACUCACGGGGGGCAAGAAGCUCGGCUCUCUCACCGUGAGGCGCACGGAACUGGUGCCCGUGUUCACAGCUCCAAUCCCUGAUGACAAGAUCCCUAUGGCAAAGACAGCGUCCCCAGGUUGCUACCUCUCAGGAACCCUUAACCUACUGAAAGAAGACCCAGCAAAGAAACAGGAAACAAAAUCUUUGCAGUGUGCAAUACCGUUUAAAUAUGUGAUAACUGAGGCAGCUAAAAAGAAUGGCAAAAAUGGUAAAGACAAAUCCAAGACCGAUGACUUUGCUGAGAAAACCCCAGACGAGAAAUUUCAAGAGGCUCAGAGAGAUCUAAAAAUAACCUGGUUGUCCAAACUGGAUGUAGAGGAUCCAUUGUAUGGAGAGCUUCUAAAAGAGUACCCGGACCAUAUACCAGUGUACCUGGCUAGGCUGAAUGCACUGGACCAGGAAAAGGAUAGAGCCAAGCAUAUAGGAGAGAUAAUUGACACAGCCAAAGUUGUGCUGUCCAAGAUUGACAAGGUUUCGGUGCUCGCGUACUUUGCCAUCAAGAGCGACAUACAUGCAGAUGCCAGCCAGACAAAAGUUAAGCAAGAAGAGAAGAAGUCCGAGAUCCUGACUGCGCUACUGAAGCUGGGCACUGCGCAGGCUGAUGUGCUUUUCAACAACUGGCAGGGGGAGAAUGUGACACGGGGAGACCUUGACACCACCAUGGUGGAGUUAGCCAAGUGGACCGAUCUCACUGACACCAAGGUGCUUCCUCUGUCCAUCAAGUAUGCAAUGGUGUGUGAACACUACGGGAGAGCUCUGAAGCUGACCUUGAAACAGCUGGAGGACAAACCCAGCAAAGACCUUGAGCAGAAGCUGAUUGAGCUAUAUGGCAAGCUGGGCUGGGACCACUGCACCUCUCACUUCUCCAACUGGCUGCUGGUGAAGUACCCUCCAUCCUACAGACCCUUUUAGAUACAUCAGACACGUGCAUUCUAGUAGGGGCGACAGACCAAGAUUUCAAUUAAAAACUUUCACCUUUGUAAUAUUAUUACUGGAUUACUAGCACCUGUAGCUCAAUGUUUUCAUAAUGCAAUAUUCUUUGAAAAUACUGUUUAAUAUUCUCAAGACAUGUAUCCAUUUGAUUUAAAUAAUAUGGAAGAUUAAAGACAAUAGAUAAUAUUGUGUACUAAAAGCUUGAUUUAUAAGUUAAUUUGUGUUUGAUAAUUUAAAUCAUUUUUCAUUGCUAAUUUUUAAAGCUGGCUAUUCUUUUGAAAAUUUAAGAACUUUAAGCCAGCAUGGUUGCAAAUUACUGUUGAGAAAGUUGAUCCAGUAGACCAAUCUCUGAUUCUGCAACAUGUACACAAAUCUUUGAUGAUAUUAUUACAAACUCAAAAUAGCAAGUGUGUGUAUAAUGAAAUCUUUUAAAGAUGUUGCCGCAAUAUGGGCAGAAAAACUAAAUAGUAGAGGGGGCAUGCUGUGAUAUAAAUAACCCUCUCCCCCAUCAGAAGCAAAGGGAAAAUGGCUAUAUGUAACCAGCAUAAAACCAGAACAGCCUGCCAGUAACUCACAGUCUGUUCAGGUUUUAUGCUGUUUGCUACUCAUCAUUAUCUUAGGGUUGGAAAUGAAGCCUUUCAAACUUUAAUUUAUUAAGAAAGGAUUUUAAUUUAAUUUGAUUUUUUAAAGGACUUCAAAUGCAUCAAAAUGCGUUUAUAAGGGUUAAAGGUAUAACAGUGUAAUGGGCAAACAGAGUCUCAGAUUACUAUUCACAUCAAUAGCAUAUGCAAUAGAUGGAACUUUCCUGCUUACUAUAUGCUCAAAAUGUGAUCGUAUUCUAACAAACUUCAAAAUUGUGAUAGUGUUUAUUGAAAAAAAAAGUAGAUAUAUAUCAGAUUUGUAUUAAAACUGCUUGGAUUUAUUUUUAAGAACUUUUUAACUUUUUUUUUCAUUUUAAUUCAAUAACAGUCAAAUAGUUGUGAUGAAUUAUCAUUAUUUCUAUUAUAUAUUGCUUCAUUUAUUUGUUUGUAUACUGUUUUGGUUGUAGAAAAUAGAUAUAUUUGAUGUUAUAUAAUAUAGUGUAACUACAUUUUCUCAGAGAUAAUGAAUUUAUUUACAUUAUACUAGUAGAUUUCAAUGUCUUUUGAGGAUGGUCAUAAACUAAGUAUGUCUAUCAUUUUUUUUCAAAUUACGAAAUAAAACACAAAGAUUUAAGGAGAGAAAAACUUAGCUUAGAUUUUAUCCUACAAUCUACAUACAUAAUGAAGAGUGACUAUUUACUUUUUAUCACUUACGUGUUUAUGGAUUUUUGUAACAAAUGUUAUGCUGGAUAGCGAUCUUAUGUAUCAGUUGAGCCCAAUAACCUUAGUAAAUAAAUAAUAAUAUAAUUACCACAUACGAAGAACAUUUUAUUAUUUGUUAAAAUCUAUCUUUAACAUACUUUUUAAGUAAUACGUUCUUGAGAAAUCAGUUUAUCUGAACAAUGUUUGAACAUAUAAAUGAUUUUAUGGCUAUGCUAUUAAGUGUACAAAAUGACUUAUUGGUCUAAAAAAGUCAAUAGUUGUUUGAUUUUGUAAAUGUACACUUUACAGAUAAAUAUUUUUUAAAGUAAUAACCACAUAGAGAAGUAUAAAAACUUAAUAAUUUUGUGCAUUUAAUAAUGGUAUCCAAGAUAUGAUUAAUAGUUGACAUGUGAUUAUAUAAGUUAUUAACCAGCACAGACAUAAAUUGUGGCACCUUUAUACUGGUCCAAUGUUGUUGUCUAAGAAUUUGAAGUAAAACAAAUGAAUGAUGCAAAUAAUCACAAAUGAAAAAAAAACAAGAUUGAUUAACUGAAAUGCUUAACCCAUUUAUGCCUAGCGUCUAGAAAAAAGACCUUGGCAAACAGUGCAGAUGAGACGCCGCAUAAUGUGGCGUCUCAUCAGGGUCUGCGCUGUUUGCUUAAAGGAAUUUCUGUAAGAAAUAUUCUAAAUAUAGAAAUAAAUAUACUAGGCAUCCCUAAUUUGUGAAAUAAAUUGAUCCAAUUUAAAAGGAUGGGAGAGUCCAAUAGGCAUACAUGGGUUAAUUGGCAAGUAUCAGGCUGUGAGUUUUUAAAGGCCAAGUUUUAGGAAAGAAUGUAAGACAAACAGACAUUAAAUCGGGUGCCAAUUGUCCUGGCCAACAAAUUAACGAGGUGGCUAUUGUCUGAGAAUGCAAGAAAACACAGGGUUCCGAUUGUCCAGUUGCCUUUUGUCCUGAUUCCGGCCCUUCCAUUGUAUAUGGGGUCUUCCACUCACUAUCAUUGUACAGUUAAGUAUCAUAGAUAUAAUCGUUUCUCUCAGUCGACUUAUCAAGGGUUAACUGCAUCAUUUCCUUUGCAUCUGUGUAUUGAUAAGUGCAGAUAAUGUCCGCAGUAAUUUUACCACAGUGGUUUGCAAGUACACAGUAAUAUAAAACAUGGGAGGGGAAUUGAAAGGUGGUUCAAAUAAAGGAUUCAAACAGUUCUUUAAAGGAAAAGUUUUUUUUAAUGGGCUGUGCUCUGUGAAAAAGGGGGUUUAAUGCAUGUGCGUAAAGUAUCGUCCCUGAUUAGCCUGUGCAGUCCGCACAGGCUAAUCAGGGACAACACUUUCCGCCAGAACUGCCUUUUUACUAAGAAGAGACUUUCUUUAAACGAAAAAAAUAUUGUAUAAGAGGAAAGUGUCGUCCCUGAUUAGCCUGGGGGGACUGCACAGGCUAAUCUGGGAUGACACUACGCACAUGCAUUAAACCCCUUUUUCACAGAGCACGGCCCAAAUGUAACUUCAUCAUGUACUCAGUUACACUAAUUGCAGCAGGAAAUUAUAACCAUACAAUUGUAUAGGACCCUGGUUGUACCAACAAGUCAAGGAGCUUUUUCAUCCCACUGUUCUUGUAUUACAAUUACACAUAUUGAUGGCGUCUCGUUCAUGUACAAUUCGAGGUGAAAUUUAUUUCAAUGUGAUCUAGUUUUACAUCUCUCAUUUGUUUUCUGAUUAUAUGUAUACUUUAGUACAUUCUUAUUUUAACUUAUUAAUUAAUAAAUUGUCAGUUUUGCAA